CGAUCAGAUCCCGCUCUGAGAUCCUCCUCCUUCUCCUCCGAUAUUCUCCCCCGAGGUCCUCCUGGCAGAGAAGAUGGCGUCUCAUCCUCGGCCUUCCUGUUGAACCCGUGUUCUGAGAUCCUUGUCGAUCCUCCUCCCAUGGGCAGGUUCAAGGCUGUGAAGGCCUCCGUGACGAAGUCGAAGCUGGCGACCGUCUGUCAAGAAGCCAGGUGCCCGAACAUGGGCGAGUGCUGGUCGGGCGGCACCGCCACGGUCAUGAUCAUGGGCGACACGUGCACUCGCGGGUGCCGCUUCUGCUCGGUCGCGACGUCUCGCACGCCUCCGCCGCCGGACCCCGACGAGCCGGCGAAGGUGGCGGAGGCGGUUCACUCCUGGGGGGUCGACUACAUAGUCCUCACGAUGGUCGACCGCGACGACCUGCCCGACCAGGGAGCCGCGCACGUCGCAGCGACAGUGCGCAACCUCAAAGAGUCCUGGGCUGGCCGCGUCGAGACGCUGAUCGGCGACUACCAGGGCAAGCUGGACCUGCUGACGCAGGUCAUCGACAGCGGCAUGGACGUCUUCGCACACAACAUUGAGACGGUCGAGCGCCUGCAGGGGACCGUCCGCGACCGGCGGGCGAACUACGAGCAGUCCCUGAGGGUGCUGCGCCACGCGAGGGACGUGCGCUCGGGCCUCGUCACGAAGUCGUCCGUGAUGCUCGGGCUCGGGGAGACGGAGGAGGAGGUGCACCAGACCAUGCGCGACCUGAGGGGCGCAGGGGUCCAGAUCCUGACGUUCGGCCAGUACCUGCAGCCGACGAAGCGGCACAUGAAGGUGACGCGCUACGUCACGCCCGGGGAGUUCGACGACCUCAAGCGGGUCGGAGAGGCGAUGGGCUUCCACAUGGC